GUUGGUUUUUCUUCUUUCCUUGGCGGCAGAGAUGGCGAAGCCUCUCAGGGAAAGUGAGGCUUUAGCUUCCUCGCUGGUGAACAGUGUGACUCAGGCAUUGGGAAAACUGGAGGAUUUGUGGAAUGAAAUGGGCAUCGGUAGAGAACUGCAAAUCGAGCGCAUGCAGGCAGCAAAAUCCCAUGUUGAGGCUCUCUUGAAUGCAAUGGUUGAAGAUGAAAAUAAUAUGAAAGAAAAAAUUGAAAAUGACAUUGAAAGACAUAAGCAUCAGUUAAACAUGCUCAGAGAUGAGUUAAAGCUGGACCCUUACCAGGUUGGUCCUGGUUUAACCAUCCUUCAGGUAGAAAAAGAACUUCGCGUGGCUUUAGACAGUGCUCUUAAAGAAAAACAUGAAAGGUUGACAAUGCUGCAGCAGCUACAGCAAGAAGAUCAGGCGCUGUGUACGGAACUUUCCUCAAUCCCCUACUACAUACCUACUGGUAGUAUUCCAAGCAGUUUGCAGCUAAAAGAAUUAAAAGAACAUAUUGAGAAGCUCUUGAAAAUAAAGGAAGAAAGAUUAGAAGAGUUUUUUAAAAUGAGAAGAGAAAUCAGGCAGUAUAAUAAAGAAAUUGGACAUACUCCAGAUGGGACACUGGAAAAUGAGAUACUGUCUGAUGAAGAAUGUAUUUGCCUUACAAAGAAGAACCUUGAAGAUCUCCAAUUACUUAUUCAUCAGUUGCAGGUCAAAAAGGAGUCUUUGACUGCUUCCAGAGAGGUUCUAAUGAAAGAGGUACAGCUUCUCUGGGACAGGCUUCAGUGGCCAGAAGAAAAGCGUGAGGCGUUGACAAGAAAAACAAGCAAAUGCUCUAUUUCUGAAGCCAUAAAUAUGUGGGAAGAGGAGUUAAUGAUCAUGGAAGAUCUGAAGAAAGAAAAACUUAAAGAAAUUACCUUGAAAGUAAGACAAGAGCUUGAGAGUUACUGGGAAAAAUGCUGUUUUAGUGAUGAACAAAGAGCUGCAUUUCAACCUUUCUAUGAAGACAGUUACUCUGAAGAGUUGUUGAAUCAGCAUGAUGAACAACUUAUGAAAAUGAAAAAUAUGUAUGAAAAAAACAAACCUCUGUUUGACAGUGUACAGAAAUGGGAGACUACUUUAAAUCGAUUCAUUGAACUGGAGAAAAAAUCAACAGAUCCCAGCAGACUUCUGAACAGAGGGGGUAACUUACUCAAAGAUGAAAGGGAACGAUCAAAGAUCCAAAAGCAGUUGUUAAAGUUGGGGGAGGAACUGAAGAAGAAUAUUGAAAACUGGGAGAAGGAAAAUGACUCAUGCUUCCUCAUCAAUAAUCAGAGGUUUCUUGAUACUAUGUCCCAUCAGUUGCAACAUCACAAACUUAAAAAAGAUCAUCAAUCCAAAAUAGUAAGUUUUUCAUGGUCGGCAAAAAGGGAUGAAUUUGCAACCCCGAAAACAACUGUUAAAAGAUCUGCAGAUGUGCACACUCCAACUCCUAACAAGGUUCGCAAGGUAGCCUCUAGCCAAACUGUACUUAAAGCAGCCAGCUGCAGUAAUAUAGCAACCAGCACUGCUGUUGCAGGCAAACAGGCAGUUGACACCAAGACGCCUUACAAAAGUGUACGUCUAGAUUCUCUCAACCGGCCACCAUUAGAAGAGUGCAAGGAAAGCAAAUCCACCAACCAGCCUAGCUAUUCAGAUUUCAUGAAAGAGUUGUCGAUGAAGUCAAGCAGCACUGGAAUGAUUUUCAAUUCUACGCUCAAGGAGAACUUACCUGAAUGAACCUAUCAGUUUUGGCUGAUAACAAGACUCACUGAAUAAAGGGAUAUAUUCAAUAUAAGUAUAUUGUUAAAAUAAUAAUUACUCUCUGUACAGCAUAUAAUCAAGUUAUGCAGAAACUUUAAAAGAAAUAACUCAUUGUCUUUGUAUAUAUUGUAUUUAUAUUUUAGCAAGCCAGAAGAUGCAAAGUGCAGAUUACAUGCAUUGUAUUAGGCCGAGCAUUGCUGUGUUUUCUAACUAAAUUUUAUAAUGUCUAUUGUAAGAUUAUAAAAGCAUUUUUUGUAGUUUCAGUGUGAAAAAAUGAUGUUUCUAUUCAUUACUUUUACUAAUGCUUUUACUAAUAUUUAUGUAUUAAGAAGAGUUUUCUUUUUCCAUUUGAGGCUGUGGUGAAUACUGCAAUCCUAUGCAUGUUUACUUAGAAGUUCCUCAGAGUUCAUUAGGGCUUACUCCCAGCUAAAUCUAAAGCUAAUAAUUAGUACUGCAAGAUUAAUUGCAAUCAUGUUUAUGUUUAUUCACAAUUAAAUUCUAUUAUGUUCAGGAAGGUGGGCAGGAACAGGUUAACAACUGAGAGAAGUGCCCUGUUCAGUGCACAUCUACUUAGGAGUAAGCCCCAAUGCCUAGUGACUUUGUGACUGCAUGUUUAGUUUAUAGUCUGGUCCAGCUUUGCCUAGAAGUGGUCUAUUGAAUACAGUAGAACUUCCUUCCAGUUAAACAUGUAUAGACUUGUGCUUUGCAUCAGUUAGUUGCAUUGUUAAAAAUACAUUGUUUUACCAUAUAGGCAUUCCUGCUUAAUUGGGUAACACUUGAAACAUUUUUUUAAAAAUUAAAUGCAUGAUCAGGAGAUGCCAAUCAC